UGAAGACAUUCUAUCAGGAGAAAACAAAAAAAAUAAAAAAAAAUCUCAGCCAACAUUUAGGGAAUUAAUUUUACAAGAUCCGUCGUGGCAGGAAAUGUCCAUUGACGUAAAUAAAUCUGUUAAAGAUACAUUGAAAACCAUUGUGUCUUCGUACUCUGAAAAUAAGCGAAAACUUGAUACGGAAUAUGCAGCUCCAGAUAAAAAGAAAAUAUUGUUGUUGGCUCCUCAUCUUAGCUUUUUAGAAGAAAUGCUAAACAAACGAAAAGCAACUUCAAAUCUUGAUCAUAGAAACAUCAACUCUCAAAAUGAAGACACUGAAGUAAUGAAUAUUGUUGAUAACGGUGUAGAAAAUAAUUUACUACCCAACACAUCAUCUCAAACAACAAUAUAUAAAAAAAAAAAUGAUCAAUUACACAAUAGUUUUGAAAAGAAGCCAAAGGAGCAACAAACAUUUGAAACAAUUACGUCACAAAACGAAAAUAUUUUUUUAAAACGCGAUGAAUGCGAUGAUAUCGAUCAUUUUUUUAAAAGCCUCUCUUUAUCAAUAAAAAAAUUACCAUCAAAAGGAAUUUCUGAGGCAAAAUUAAAAAUGCUGUCAACAUUUAUGGAGAUUGAAGAUAAGUACACGGAUUAUCCAUCAACCUCUGCAGAGUAACACAAUUCAUAAGGCACACAGGAUGGACAAUGGUCAGUAUAAUUUUCUUCAACAUGCAUCAACUUGUAAAGUAUACCCCAGUACUUCAAAUUUUAACCAUGACAAAGACAGUAAGAUUUCAGAUAAUUAUAUAAAAAAUAAAUAAUUAUUAGUGGAAUUCAAAUUUAUAUGUA